AUGCUUGGACGUUAUUAUCGAGUAAAAUACCAGAGGGUCGAAUACACCUCGAUAAGACUAGAAAUAUGUUUAUGUAACGCACACGGGCCAGGCAGGCAGCAAGCAGCAACAAAGAAAAUCGUAUCGUGCAAGGAAGAGAUCAUUGCUGCCACCUAAUUCAAUAUUAUGCAGUAUCAAUAUCUCCUGUUCACGUACAGAACAGACAUUGCACCGUAUCAUUCACGGCAUCAAUCAAACAUUCGCAUCAUGCUCGAUCGUAA